UCGAGGUGGAUUAUAUUAAAUAUUUUAUUUAUAAAAAUUUUGAAAAUGCCCAACAAACUGGAAAAUAAAGUUUACGAUAGACAUUCCUAUAUAUUCUGCAAGGAAACCGAACACUUUAUAAAAGUGAGGUGUAAAUAUUAUCAAACGCAUUCAUGCGAAGGUGCAGGCAUAAUUGAAAACAACAUAUUCACCCUUACUGCAAAUCACAAUCACAGUGCAGAAUCUACUCUAGCUAAAGAAAAUGAUCUUAAAAACAAACUGAAAGAGGCUUAUCGUAACCAAUUACGUUCGACAUAUGAAAUUUAUGACAAUAUUAUAACAACACAAGAAGAUAAAUUUUCAGUCCCAUGAAGUUCACAAGAAGCCAACAUGUAUAAAUGGCAUCUCGACAUGAAUUUACCUAUUGUAUCAUCAAUCAACCAAUUUUCAACUGUCCUUCAUGAUCCAAAAUAUGCUGAAUUAACUCAUUAUCAAUUUGGAGAGUUAAACAUUCAAUGUUCAUUAAAUUUUCAAGCGGUUUAUCUUCAUGACCAAUUUUUAUUCGAUAAAUUGU